AUGGCGCCACCAAAGAAGCAAAAGAUGCCCAGCAUGAAGGAGCUCCAGGACCUCCUCGCAACCCUGGAUGCUGAAGGAGGACUCGCAAUUGGAGGCGGCGAUGAACCCGCAAACCUGGACGACCUCUAUGAGGACUCUUACUUCCACGCGAUCCUCCACAACAACGUCAAGCAGGACUCUUUCUCCAUCCCCAGCACCCCAACCUCAACUUCCGACGAUACCACCACCACAACUACUCCCCCAACACCAACCACCCUAACCUUCGAAACCCUAAUCCUCCCCCAGGAAUGCGCCUGGGGCGACGACCACGAAUCCCUCGGCCGCCAACUCCUCGUCCGCCCCGGCUACCAAUCCGUCCUCUCCGCCAUCACCUCCGCCUCCUCCUCUUCCUCAACAUCACAACAAACAAUUUACAUGGCAACAGGCGGUUCAGGAAUCGGGAAAUCCAGUCUUGCCUACUUUCUCGUCCACAAGCUGCACGUCGCCGGCCACAACGUUGUCAUCAGCGACCCCAUGUUCACAAACGCCCUCCUCGACAACCAAUAUUAUUCCUCUUACUCCCCCCACCUCGAGGAACACCUCUCCAUCCACACCGCCAUCUCCGCUCCUCCCUCUUCUUCAAAAACAAAGAAGCCCACAUGGUGGAUCUGCGACGACGGGUUCCUUCCAAUCAAGGGAACCAACUGCCACGUUAUCGUCACGGGGUCAACAGCCACCACGGCCGACAGGGACACGGAUACCAUCCGCAAGAAGAACAAGCUUGUUCAACCGGUCCAGUUCCAGGUCCCCAAAUGGUCUCUCGACGAAAUCAAGGCCGGUCUUUUGGUCUCUCUGUCGUCUACGAGUAAGGAUUCGCCCCCAAUGACAAAGGAGCAGGAAGCCGUUAUCGAGUCAUUGUUCAAAAAGUUCAAGGGAAACCCCAAGAAAACGUUUGCGUGGGUCAAGGAAAACUGGACAGGAGGAAGAGGAGAAGAGUCCACAACAACCAAGACGUCAAAAUCCAAAUCCAACAAACCCAAACGCUCCUAA